AUGAGUACUUCUGCUGAAGCUUCCAACAAUGCUGAGAGAGCUUCUAACAAUGCUGAAGAUGUUCAGCCUCUUCAGAAUCAAGAACUGUUGAGACCCAAGAGAGCUCUCAGGCAGAGAAGGGCAAGAAGAAGAAGAAGGAUGCAAAGGCAGAUGUUCUGUUUCCGCGGCAUCCUCGACGAAUCAAUCGGCGAGGGAACCCAUUUCCUCAUCCCAUGGGUUCAAAAACCCUACAUCUUCGAUAUCAAAACCCGCCCCCAUACUUUCUCAUCAAUAUCCGGCACCAAAGAUCUUCAAAUGGUUAACCUAACUCUCCGAGUCCUCUCUCGUCCCGACACCGCGAAACUCCCUGUCAUCGUUCAAAACCUCGGUCUCGAAUACGACGAGAAAGUCCUCCCUUCGAUCGACACGACCGUGUAUGGAAAUAAUGAAACUAAAACAAGUAGUAAUGUUUAUGAAGCGAAUGUUUAUGAAUUGCUGAGGAAUUUGAGUGUGUUGGCGCCAAAAAACGGUGGAUUUUCUGUUGGGUUUGUUGAGAGGAAGAAUGUAACGGUGUAUGGUUUGGCUCAGUGUUGGAAGUUUGUUACUGGUGGUAACUGUCGGAGAUGUUUGGAGGAUGCGGUUACUAGGAUUGGUUCUUCGUGUAGGAAGAAAGAAGAUGGACGGGCUUUGAAUUCUGGUUGUUAUUUGAGGCAUUCACCACACAAGUUCUAUAACAAUUCAAGUAGUAAUGAUGUUGCUGCUGGAAAUCGCGGACACCGAAAAAUGGCUAUAAUAUUGGCUGCAUCUUCUGCUGUCUUGGCUCUUCUUUUGGUUACUGCAACAAUGGGUUUCUUUAUAAGAAAGAAUGUAAUGAGGAAAAGAAGAGAGAGAAAACAAUUUGGGACACUUUUGGAUACAGUGAAUAAAUCCAAGCUAAAUGUUCCAUAUGAAAUUCUUGAAAAAGCAACAAAUUACUUCAAUGAUGACAAUAAGCUAGGACAGGGAGGAUCAGGUUCAAUUUAUAAAGGAGUUAUGUCAGAUGGUAAUACUGUGGCUGUUAAAAGGCUUAGUUUUAACUCGACGCAAUGGGUGGAUCAUUUCUUCAAUGAGGUUAAUUUUAUUAGUGGAGUUCAUCACAAAAAUGAUGAGAGAAGAAAGAAUACUUACACGUCGGAGUCACUCCGCCAACGCUUCAAUCGUGAUUCAGGAGAGAGUGACGCUGCUAUAUUAAUUUCCGAGGCUACUGCUGCGGCUGGGAUGGGGUUGGUUGAGCUUAGGAGGAUUGAAGCUUCCAGGGAAGUUGCUGGAACGCUUGCGAAAUCGCCUAAUGUUACUUAUCUUCCUGGUGGAAACAACAUGAUGAUGGCUCUUAAUCCUGCUGGUUGA